AUGUCCAAAGAAGAAAAUAUAGUCACUAAAAGAGCAGUCACGUUCGUGAACAAUGCUACUCCUGCCACAAUUACUGAAACUGAACUAGAUCUAAACACCUGUUUCAAAGACAAUGAAAUUGUCAUCAGUGUUGAAGCCGCCGCAUUGAAUCCAGUGGAUUUUACUAUGCAUGAUCUUGCCUAUCCCCGUUUUUGUUCCUCUCAACCAAAGGGUUAUUCUAGAGAUUAUGCUGGUGUCAUGGUUCGUCGCGGUGCUAAAGUGGAACCUAAAUGGCAAGUGGGUGACAAAGUCAAUGGAUUAUUUCAACAUCUAUACGGUGAACAAGGUACCCUAGCUAACUAUUUGAUUUUGAAUCCCAAGAAGCAAGCAUCUAUUGCUCACAUUCCACCCACUGAAGAUUCUGACCAGAACGAAUUUGUUCACGCUGCUGCCUGGCCCUUAGUUUUUGGUAGUGCCUACAACACGUUGUUCAGAUGCGGUCAAACCUUUAAUGAAGAUUCCAGAAUUUUGGUCAACGGUGCAUCCACAGCUGUGUCUAAUGCGUUUAUUCAAAUUGCCAAGAAUCAAUUGCAUGUGGGUACCGUUGUAGGUAUUUGUAAUUCUGCUUCCGUGGAACGUAACAAAAAGCUAGGGUUCGAUUAUUUGGUACCUUAUAAUCAAGAGGGAUCUAUUACAGAUAAUGUAGAAAAAUUAAUGAAGGAGAAUCAUAUUGGGAAAUUUGAUUUAAUUUUUGAUUCAGUGGGGACAAGUGAAUUUUACCCAAUCAUGGAUAGAUUUUUAAAACCAAGAUCUGAAAAUUCUUAUUACAUUACCCUUGCAGGUGAUGAAAAGAUGAAGUAUGGUAAGCCUACUUUUUCAAGUGUUUUCCAAUAUAAGAUCCCAUUGAGAACUUAUAACCCUUGGAGAAAGUUUAAUUUUGCUUUUUUCCUCACUGAACCACGUAGUGAUUUCAUGGAGUUAGGUUCCAGAAUGAUUGAAAAGGGGACGUACGUUCCUCCAAUUGACUCUAUCUACAAAUUUGACCAAUUCCAAGAAGCCAUUGAUAGAUUGAAGUCUAACAAGGCUAAGGGUAAAGUGGUAGUCACCAUCAACUAA